UGGCGAAAGGCGACUACCAAACAAACAGAAACACCAUUCUCUCUCCCUCUCAAUACUUUCUCCUCGUCGUCUCAUGAACGUUUGACUGAAUUCUCGAUACUCUCUCCAGUUUCUUCAUUCAUCUCCAAUGGCUUUCUGCGUUAAAUCAUCAAGGAACAUUCUCAAGAAUCUGAAACCUAAGCUGCGUUUGUUCAGCACCAUUAACCAGACUUCUCGGCUGGAGCACCGCCGUCCAUUAACACCUCCAUUUUCUCCGCAGUUCAAAAAUCUAUUUUCAAAUUUGCAUGAUAGAACUGCGCAACUUUCAUUUUGCCGCUUUCGAUCCUCCGAGGUGGAGAAGCAGUUGGAUUCUUCCUAUCAUGUUAACAGCAAGCAGGCCUUGGAUUUUCCAGGUGGAAAGGUGGUUUUCACGCCUGAUAUGAGUUUCAUACCAGAAUCCCCUGAAGAGCGUGCUCACUGCUACCGAGUUCUUGAUGAGAACGGUCAGCCAGUUAAGCACAGCAAUUUUGUACCGGUAAGCAAGGAAAUUGCAGUAAAAAUGUACAGUGACAUGGUUACUCUUCAAACAAUGGACACAAUCUUCUACGAAGCACAAAGGCAAGGAAGAAUUUCCUUCUAUGCAACCACCAUUGGUGAAGAGGCCAUAAACAUUGCAUCUGCUGCGGCACUUACUGCUGAUGACGUUAUCUUCCCUCAGUACAGGGAGCCAGGAGUUCUGCUAUGGCGUGGUUUUACCCUUCAAGAGUUUGCAAACCAGUGUUUUUCCAAUAAGACUGAUUAUGGGAAAGGCAGGCAGAUGCCUAUCCAUUAUGGAUCCAACAAGCAUAAUUAUUUUACAGUGGCAUCAACAAUUGCUACACAACUUCCCCAUGCAGUUGGUGCUGCAUAUUCUUUGAAGAUGGACAGAAAAAAUGCAUGUACAGUCACUUACUUUGGUGAUGGUGGCACAAGUGAGGGAGAUUUUCAUGCUGCUUUAAAUUUCGCAGCAGUUAUGGAAGCACCAGUCAUAUUUGUCUGUCGGAAUAAUGGAUGGGCCAUCAGUACUCCUACUUCAGAUCAGUUUCGAAGUGACGGUGCAGUUGUUCGAGGCCGAGCCUAUGGGGUCCGAAGUAUCCGUGUGGAUGGAAAUGAUGCUCUUGCCAUGUACAGUGUAGUUCAUACUGCACGUGAAAUGGCUGUUUGUGAAAAUAGGCCAAUCUUAAUUGAGGCUUUAACAUAUCGUGUGGGGCACCACUCUACAUCAGACGAUUCUACCAAGUAUCGACCAGUAAAUGAGAUAGAAUGGUGGAAAACAGAACAAGACCCUGUAAGUAGAUUUAGAAAAUGGAUUGAAAGCAAGGAUUGGUGGAACAGUGAGGCAGAGUCAGAGCUCAGGAGCAGCGUGAAGAAGCAGCUACUUCACGCAAUUCAAACAGCAGAGAACAUUGAGAAACCUCCGGUUCAAGACUUGUUUACCGAUGUAUAUGAUGUCCUCCCAUCUAACCUUCAAGAGCAAGAGAGAUUGUUGAGAGAAACCAUUAAGAGGCACCCACAAGACUAUCCACAAGAUGUUCCUCUCUGAAUAUGCAGGAUAAUAGUCUACUUCGGCAAAAACACCAACUCAAAUGCAUAUAAGCUGAAAGCUGACGGACCUUUUCACUGGUAAUUUGUGUUUUUUUCACUUGCAACUAACUUGAUAAUGCACUUACUGGAAACUACGGGAAGGUAGUAAGCUCUUUGAUUUGGAUUGAAAUGGUGAAGAGGAAAUCGUGGGAAUCUUUAAACUCAAACAGAGAUGAGUUGCCAAUUUUGGCCUCUUUGGAGUUGCAGGUUUUUCUUCUAUUACUAUAAUAUUGUAUUAUUAAUGAGAUGAAGCCCCAGUUUUUGAAGCUUCUUCUUGUAUUCAGAGAAGCAUAAUGAAGCUUUUGAAGCCAACUGGAAUUGGAACUGAAA